CCGCGUCCUCUUUUUUGGCCGGGCACCGACGCCCAGAGGAGGAGGAGGAGGAGGAGAAGAGAGGGGAGCCCGCCCCGCCAAAAAUAGCAGGGGCAGGGGCCGCAGGCGCCGCGACCCAUGGGCGUCAAGCAGGUCCUCGUCCGCCCCCGCUACGGCGACGACGACGACGGCAGCAGCUGCAGCACCGGCAGCAGCAGCAGCGCCGGCCGAUGCGACGACGAGGCGCUCGACCAGUCGCCGUCGCCGCCGCCCAUGUCGUCCUGCGGACGCUACCUCCUCCACCGCGUCUGCAGGUUCGACACACUCGCCGGCGUCGCCAUCAAGUACGGCGUCGAGGUGGCGGACGUGAAGCGCGCCAACGGCCUCACCACCGACCUGCAGAUGUUCGCGCACAAGACGCUGCGGGUCCCGCUCCACGGGAGGCACGCGCCCGCCACCGCGCCAUCUCCUCCCUCCUCUUCCCCGAGCCACGCCGAUCGCGCCGCCAGAGAAUGGACUACACGCCGCCCUCCCAAAAUUGCUGCUUCCUUGGACCCAUUCCUUAAACCACCACGGAGCACAGUUUCGCAGUCUAUGAGCCUUCUGCAGGGGUACUAUGGCCUUACACCAACUCCUAAGGAGAACCUGACCAAUGAAGGCACUGAAAUGGCGGCAUACGCUAAAGGUCACCAUAGGAAAGCUCGAAGCUUAUCAAGCAACUUCUCUCUUGAAAAUGGAGAUGGCACUAGGGAGAUGGAUGAUGCUGAAAAGCCCAUAAGGCGGCGCCAGAAAACCGAUGGUGAGGUGACAGCUAGGGAGGACAAUGGCGGUAGCAUGUUGGCGAGGUCUGGGCAAGGCUUGGCCCUUAGGCCAAAAUCUGGCAGUCGACCAGAUAUGAAUGGCAGCCAGCAAGACCUCUUGGCCACGUGGGUGCCGUCAUAUGGGGAUGGGUUGCACGCUGUGAAGAAAUCAUCGAGCACUCCAGAGUUCCAAGAUUCAGACAGCAUCAGCAUUGCCUCGGUAUGGCUGAAGAGCAAGUGGAACUUGAAACCGGAUGCUUUCACCCUCACGCUUCCUCUCCCGCUGUUCGACGGCAUCUCCAAGCCUCUCUUCGACAGCAUCCCGAAGCCUCUCCUGGACAACAUUCCGAACUCGAUCGCUGCUUGGAGGAACAAGGCGGCCAAAGAUUAGCAAGGUUCAUAGCUUCGUUUUUACAGCCUUAUACUUAUUGCUUGUUAUUGGGUAAUUUAGUGCAGUUGUGGGAACAAGGGCCUGGAGAAGUUGGCAUGCACUGUACCUCCCCAGUCCGGCAGUCCCCCAAACCAAAAAAAUUGGACACCGUAAACACAGACAAUGCUGAAACGGCAUGAUGGAUACAGUGACACAUUACUUACACUGUUACACAUACAUAUACUGUACUGAAUCUGCUGUGCCAAAGCAGCAGCAGAUGAUUUUCAGGUUGGGAGCUGGGACAUGAGCCUGGGGCUUAUUUCAGCCUUCGUGGGGUAUUCUUUUCUUUUUCUUUUGUAUGUACACAUAUAGGAAUGAAGGCAAACGCCAAGCACAGCAUGUGUGCUGUUCCCAUGUGCUAAUAAAAUGGCUUUGUUCAUCCCUC